UUAGCAGGAGGAUCAAGAUGAUUCCAGUUUUAGGACUAAAAACAUCUGAGAAUUUAGAAGAUAAUGGAGUUGUUUAUGAAAAAAUGACGUUCAAAAGUCUUCUUCUUAAAGACAUCUACCAUUUCGAUAUCGCUGAUUAUGCUGUCUUCUCAGCCAUGUUGCUGCUAUCGGCAUUAACUGGAUUAUAUUUUGGCUGUAGAGGAAGAUAUUGCAAAAGCGAAGCUAGUCAAACCCUUAGCGAAUACCUCACAGGAAACAAGAAUUUGAAACCCUUUCCUGUAGCUCUCUCUUUAAUAGCAAGUUACGUAUCAGGAGUAACAAUAUUGGGUACACCAUCAGAGAUUUAUCUUUUUGGAACACAAUAUUGGUUUAUAGUGAUAGCGAUAUGGAUGAGCGGUCUAGUUGUAUCAACUGUAUACCUUCCAGUAUUUUUGACUUUGCAAGUCAAUUCUUCAUACGAGUACCUAGAACUUAGAUUUAGUAGAGUUGUUAGAACAAUGGCGUCAGUAUUGUUUAUUUUAGAUGAGGUUAUGUUUUUACCAAUCAUUAUUUAUGUUCCUUCGUUAGCAUUUAAUCAAGUUACCGCAAUAGAUAUUCAUUUGAUUGGUACCGUAGUAGCAGUAGUGUGUGUAUUUUAUACAUUUUUGGGUGGUUUAAAAGCUGUGGUAUGGACUGAUUCAUGGCAGGUUAUAGCGAUGUUCAUUUCAGUUGUCGUUGUGAUAAUUUUGGGGACAAUACAAGUAGGAGGACCGAGUACAAUUAUCGAUCUCACAAGCAAGGGCAACAGAUUUGAAUUCUUUAACUUUAAUCCAAGCAUGUACGAAAGAUAUACUGUAUUUAGCGUGAUCAUAGGAGGAUUCACCUACUGGACCUGUUUCAAUUCUGUCAACCAAACUAUGGUGCAAAGAUAUCUUUCACUUCCAACAGUAAAACAGUCAAAAUUAUCUGUUCUGUUGUUUACUAUCGGUGUUUCUGGUUUCGUGUGGAUGUGUUGCUAUGCAGGAGUAUUAGUUUUUGCCACCUAUUUUUACUGUGAUCCAUUGUCAAUGGGCAGAAUCAAGGCUGAUGAUCAAAUUCUUCCUUUAUUUGUUAUGGAAACCGUAGGACAUUUAAAAGGAGUUCCAGGGUUAUUUAUUGCUGGAGUUUUUGGAGCAGCUCUUAGUUCGCUAUCUGUGGUGCUAAACUCUACUGCACAAGUAGUUUUAGAAGAUUUUAUUAAAGGAUGUAUGCGUAUGACGCUAUCGGAAAGAACAGCCACGUUGUUCGUCAAGGGAGUUGUUUUAGUAUUGGGAGUUGUAGCUGUAGCUUUUAUGUACGUCGUUGAACAUAUGGGAGGAGUUUUAGCCAUGGCAUCUUCACUGUCAGCUAUUGCUGCAGGGACGACUUGCGGAGUAUUCACUCUAGGUAUGCUGUUCCCAUGGGCCAAUUCCAAGGGAGCUGUAGCAGGAGCGAUUGCAGGGUCAAUUAUGUCAGGGUUGGUAUCUUAUGGAGGACAGUACGUAUCUGCUGCUAAAAUGGUAGUUGCACAUAGACUUCCUGUGGAAGUAAACGCUUCCUGUUUCGACAAAUACGGUAUCAGGAAUACGACUGUCAUGCCUGAGAUACAAUAUCCAGAUGAAUCAGGAGUUUUUCCACUGUUCAGGCUAAGCUUCCUUUGGAUAACACCCGUAGGAGUAGUUAGUGUACUGAUUGUGGGGAUUAUUGUUAGUUUCUUAACAGGCGCCAGUGAUUUAAACACCACCGAUCCGGAUGUCAUUUCUCCUGUUGUACAUUGGUUACUGCCCCAAGAAUGUCGAAAGUUAGCAGGUAGUACUGUAAAGAAAGCAAGGAACCAGGAGUUGACUGAAAGUGACUUGAUGGUGCAGGUUCAAUCAGAUGGCAGCCUCUUAGUCCCCAUGGAAAUAAGAUCUUGUUUGGCACAACCUCGUAAUAGAGACAACUGAUAGUACAGCACAACUACAUACAUUUCCCUCUCAACAAAUGGAACAAUAGUAUUGUUAACGUCCAUGACGAUUUAGAUAAUUUGUUUAAAUCUUUAUAUUUUUUGAAAUACAUUGAUUUUUUUAAUAAAUGCGAUUAAAAAU